AUGGCAGCCAUCCAAUAUGCGCCCUUCUCCUCCGAGAUCGAGCUUCCCUUUUACGCCGCCCUCUUUUCCUCCAAGCUCGAACAUGACAAGCUCGACGACUCGGCCCGCCGCGUGCUGGGCCAGUACACCACCCUGCCCGUCGACCCGGCCCAGAGCUGCAAGAUGUCCAUCCUGGGCAACGCCCUCACCAGUGACCAGCCCAACGACGAGCAUGUCCGCGCCGAGGGCUGGAUCAAGAACGUCAACACCAUCGAGGACUUCAAGAACACCGACAAGCAGGCCAUGCUGAAGCUCGCUGCAAGACACGUCUGGGACGCCAUCAACGACGGCACCAUCUACUCCAUUCCCUCCCUCCUCUCGUCCUUCACGAUCCUCUCGUACGCCGACCUGAAGAAGUACAAGUUCACAUACUGGUUCGCCUUUCCCGCACUGCAUUCCGACCCCCAGUGGAAGCGCACCGCUCCCAUCGGCCGCCUCGAUCCUAAGGAGAGCACGGCGCUGGUCGACCGGGUGGGCACCUGGCAGGCGAACCGCGACAAGAGGCAGAACGGCUUCUUCCUCGCCAAGAAGGCCCGGGGCGUGGACGUGAGCGACCUGGACAAGGACGCAAACAGCGAUCUCCACGACCUCAACGACACGUUCGGCUACGUAUGGGAGGUGGCCAACCUCGGCGACUUUGAGAACGGCUUCUUUGACGAUGUUGCCGAGGAGGACCGAUACGUCGCCUUUGUCGACCCGUCGACGUACCCCGAGAACCCCUCGUGGCCGCUGCGCAACCUCCUGUGGCUCAUCCGGCAGCGAUUCCGCCUGACAAAGGUGCAGAUCCUGUGCUAUCGGGACAUCAGAUCGAGCAGGCACGCUGCUAGGAGCAUCAUCCUGCCGUUGGAGAUGGACCCGGUAGAGCCUCUCGCCGUCACGGAGAUGCCCAAGGUCACCGGUUGGGAACGGGAUGGCGAGGGCAAGCUGCGGGCCAGGAUCGCGAACCUCGGCGAGUACAUGGACCCCGCGCGGCUGGCCGACCAAUCCGUGGACCUGAACCUGAAACUCAUGAAAUGGCGCAUUUCGCCGAACCUGGACCUCGACACGAUCAAGUCUACCAAGUGUCUACUGCUGGGAGCCGGUACGCUCGGCAGCUACGUGUCCAGGAAUCUCAUGGGAUGGGGCGUUCGAAAGAUCACCUUUGUGGACUACGGGCGCGUGUCAUACUCGAAUCCCGUACGGCAGCCUCUGUUCGAGUUCGAAGACUGCUUGGAAGGCGGCAAGCACAAGGCGACGCGGGCGGCCCAGGCGCUGAAGAGGAUCUACCCCGGUGUCGAGAGCGAGGGCCACGUCUUGUCCGUACCCAUGCUCGGCCAUCCUUUCACGGACGAGGCCAGAAGCAAGGCGGACUACGACAAGUUGAAACAGCUGAUUGACGACCACGACGCCAUUUUCCUUCUGAUGGACAGUCGCGAGUCGAGAUGGCUCCCCAGCGUCGUGGGCAAGGCCGCCGGCAAGAUCGUUCUCAACGCCGCCCUCGGAUUCGACUCGUUCGUGGUGAUGCGGCAUGGUGCCGAGCCUGCCGAUACCCAGCCGGAGGACGCGGAGCGCAAGACGCUGGGCUGCUACUUCUGCAACGAUGUCGUGGCCCCGGCCGACUCGCAAAAGGACCAGACUUUGGACCAGCAAUGCACCGUCACUCGACCGGGCGUGGCGGCGAUCGCUUCGGCACUGCUCGUCGAGCUCUUUGCAAGUCUCCUCCAGCACCCUCUCAAGCAACAUGCGCCGGCACCCCAGACGUCGAACGACGAGAAGGACCCGCACGACCAUGCUCUGGGACUGGUCCCCCAUACGGUCCGCGGCUACCUGCACAACUUUAACAACAAGGUGAUCCGGGGAGAGUCGUAUCCGUGCUGCAGCGCUUGCGGCCCUCCGAUCCUGGAGGCGUAUCGGGCCGAUGGUUGGAAGUUCGUCAAGAAGGCUCUUUUGGAGAAGGACUACGUCGCCGAGCUGUCCGGGCUUGCGGAUGUGCAGCGCGAGGCCGAGAGGCGGGCGUCGUCGAUGGACUGGGAGGACGAGGAAGAUGGCGCAGACGAAGGAGAUGGAGAGCUGAUUUGA